CUCUCUACUCUCGCUACUAUAUAUCAACGGGUUACGCAGAUUCCGCGACUCACAAAUCUGCUCCGCUCUCCUCUACAUGGCCGUAAUAUCCGAGUUCGAGGAAGAACAACAGGCGCCUUCCUCUUCGUCGUCUGGGAUCCAUGAUGCAGACGAGGAGACCCUUAUCCAGAUCCUUAAUAGGAGGGGACCUGUCUCCUUCUUCGAGACUGUUGUCGAUAUUCUUCGCCGACGGUCCGAUCUCUUCAAGACCGAAUCAUCCGUAAGCAAACUCAUGGCGGUGCUGUCUGCCGCAAAACAAAAAGAGGUUGUUGAGCAGACGGUCAUGAAUAAGAAGGCCAACAAGGAGCAAUUGCCCGAGAACUUAGCAGGCGUAGCCAAGGCUGGGAUCAAAGAGAAGGCCAUCCAGAAGAUGGAAGCAGACGAGACGAAGGAAAGCACGUCAAAUAAGCUAGAGCAAGUUAAUGGAGGAGAGGGCAAGGAAGCCGAGACUAUUACGAAACCGAAUAAUGGAAAUGGUCUUGACCUAGAGAAGUAUAGUUGGACCCAGACACUUAAAGAAGUUAAUGUUAACAUCAAAGUUCCUCGAGGCACGAAGUCAAGAUUUGUGAUCUGUGAAAUAAAGAAGAACCAUUUGAAGGUUGGGCUGAAGGGACAGCCUGCAAUUAUCGAUGGCGACCUUUUUCAAUCUGUCAAAGUUGAUGAUUGCUACUGGAGCAUUGAGGAUCAGGAAAUCAUAUCCUUACUUCUUACCAAACAAAAUCAAAUGGAGUGGUGGAAAUGUGUAACAAAAGGCGAACCUGAAAUUGAUACACAGAAAGUAGAGCCUGAAAACAGUAAACUGUCUGAUCUGGAUCCUGAGACACGUCAAACUGUCGAAAAGAUGAUGUUUGAUCAGCGACAGAAAUCAAUGGGUCUACCAACUAGCGAGGAGUUGCAGAAGCAAGACAUUCUUAAAAAGUUCAUGGCUGAGCAUCCUGAGAUGGAUUUCUCAAAUGCAAAAAUAGCAUGAAAAGCAGCAGGCUCAUAAUAUUGCUGUUAGAGGCCGUGUAUGAUUGAGUUUUGUUUCUUUUUUGCAUGGUGUAUUCGCUUUCUUCGUUGGAAGAUUUCUCUCCUCCGCCAGUCGCAUGGAGAAUUUAUGGAUUUCUAUGGUUCUGACUAGUGUGAUUAGUCAGGUCGUCGGAAUUUCUCUAGUUGAACUGUAGCAGGUUUUGUUUAAGUAUGUCUUAUUUUGUAUGAUUAUCAUCUGUGGAUGUAAAACAAACUUGACGCUGCUGCUUUUAUGUUGUAAUCUGAAACGUUUUUAUAUCAGACUUAACUAUUCUUCCAAAACCUCACAUAAAUCAACAAAAUGGUAAGGGAGC